CAGCUCCAAGAAAAUGGUCUUGACUUUCCUCCUUACCUGUAUCCUAGUUGUCUUUUAUGGCCUCUCCUUCUUGGAAAAUCCAUCUGCCCACUUAUUUAUAUAUGCACCCAUCGAUUCACUCUCUCAUCCUCAGCAAAACCCACAUCUCAACUCUCCAAUUACAUCUCUCUUUCUCGAUUUUCAUAUCAUCUCAAACUACAGCCAUGGCAUCUUCACAAAACCAGAACCCAUCAUCCAACUUUUAUGACUACCUGCCUGUUAUGGCCCACAAGCUUGGCGGCGAUGGCCUAAUCGGGGAGUUAUGCAAUGGGUUCAAUCUUUUGAUGGAUAGUGAAAAGGGUGUUAUCACCUUCGAGAGUCUUAAAAGGAAUUCUGCUCUAUUGGGAUUGCAAGAUUUGAGUGAUGAUGAUUUGCGGUGUAUGUUAAAGGAAGGUGAUUUUGAUGGUGAUGGCGCACUCAAUCAGAUGGAGUUCUGUGUUCUUAUGUUUAGAUUGAGCCCUGAGUUGAUGGAGGAGUCCCGGUUUUUGGUAGAGGAGGCUCUUUUACAGGAAUUGAAGGAUUUUUCUUAUUGAAUCUUCUUCAUUCUUGGGCAUUUGGGAUUUCUUUUCCCUUUUUACUUUGCUAUUAUUUUCUUGGAUGUAAUAAUUAGUAAUGUUAUUAGACAAUAAAAAAAUACAGAAAAAGAUGACAAAUUUACGGUUCAA